UUUAAUGGAAUUAAUUAUGUGUUAAAUUUUCAUAAGUUCUCAACAUUUACAAACACUCUUCAAAAUUACAAAAUUAACACCAAGUUUCCCAUCCAUAAAGCAAUAAUUUGUCCUCAAGUAUAAUGUCGUUAUGUUUUACAAAAAUAUAUUCAAUUUUUAUAAUAUUUGCUGUAGUUGCAACACAUUCAAUUGCUGAAUACAUCCAAGAUGAUUCCACUGACAUACCAAUAAAUGCAUACACAAAUGACUAUGGUGGAGGAGACGGGUCAAGUAGUGGUGUUUCACCUACGGAACCCAGUAUAAGUGAAGUAGCCGUAGAGAAAGCAUUAAGCUGGUUGCGCUCGCAACGUGCACAAGAUUGGGGAUGGUUUAAUAACACCCCAGAUGUAUUGUUGGCAUUACAAUUGGCUCCUUAUACGGAGCUUAAUCAAAUACCAGAAACAACACCGGAAACACAGUUAUCCACAAAACAGAUGGAAAUUGAAAUUUUAAUUAUGUUAUGGAGACAUCAUGAAUACCCUUUGUCCCCAGGAAAAUUAUCUAAAUAUGCAUUAGCUUUGAAUACAUUGUGCCAUGAUCCAAGACAAUUCCAUGGCCAUGAUUUAAUUGGAACCCUUUUACAUCAUGAGUCACAACGAGAUGCUGAUUUUGCAUUAUCAGUUUUAAGUGCUUGUAGUGCUUCUGCUCAUGUACGAAAACGACCAAUUCGACGUUUAUUAGACAUUGCAAAUGCUGUGAAUGAUCACAAUAUCGACACAGUGGCAAUUGUAAUUUUAGCAUUAAAAUGUAUCGUACAAGAUCAUAGACAUAGAAAUUUACAACAUUUUGUACGUCGGCCAAGUUUAGGUUUAGCACGACAACAGUUACCUGAUGGUGGUUUUGGUAAUUUACACGCAACAGCAUUAGCUAUGCAAGCCCUACAAAACGAAGAAUAUACAAUCAAUAAUCAUUGGAAUCGUACAGCCGCUGUGCGAUGGCUAUUGAGUCAUCAAACUGAAAAUGGCAAUUUUGGCGAUAUUGCUGCUACGACAGAUGCAAUUUUAGCAUUGUCAUGGCGUGGUCUUAGCGCAAUACGUACAUUAGAAUGUGGACAUGUUUCAGAUUUGGAAAAUCAUGUUGAUAUUGAUGAAGGUCAUUUCAAAUCACAUGUUCCACAUACAAAUUCGAAUGAUACAGAAGGUCGAAAUGUUUCAGUUACAUACACUUUAUGGGUCGGUACAAACGUAACCGAAAAUUAUACGCUAACAUUAACAAUUCCACGUAACGAAACAUUUUAUAACGUUAUGCAAAUCGCUAGUUUAUUAGAUAAUCAUUUUGUCUUUGAGGCAUCGGAAUGGCCCAAUGGGCAUUAUGUACAUACAUUAGCUGGUUAUAAAGAAGAACCGAUGGGAUAUCAUUAUUGGUUAUUGUAUCGUGUACCAACAGUUCCAGAUCCAAGCAAUCCACCAGCUAAUCAAUUAGUUGCCCCAGGAGGUGUGGAUGAUUUGCUGGUCGAAGAUGGUGAACAUUAUCUAUUCUGGUAUAAAAAAUUGUAAAUUGGAAGCUUUAUCACACACAUCACCAGAAAAUUCCAGAAAAACUUAUUUUGCAAAAUUAAAAAAAAUAGGCGGCGAUUUUAACCAAAGCAUGCGCGUGCGGACACAAAACUAGUCAAGUUGUGUUUAAGUAUUUAAACCCAAAUAUAUAUUAUCGAUCCCCUGACUCGAUUCUCUUUUGGUUGCAUUUUUCUUGAUCACAGCUUCCAAUAUAUUACAAAUAAUUCGCCGAAAUAUGCCCAUGGAAUUACUACUUGCAAAGGAGGAUCUUGAAGGGAUCUUUUUUGAAGCACAAGCCUUAUCUGUUAUAAAAAUCGAUCCAUAUAACUUCGCUCAUGUCUAUAUAACUGGGCAGUGUUCUUCAAGUUUUAGAAUUCGACAAAUCUGAAACGUCUCCUAAUAAGUGACUAGAACUAUAUAAACAAAAUGGCAAACCGCAUGUUUGUUUUAGUUAAUUCGCAGCCACUCAAUCGGCGUCGCUGGAUUUUUAAGUAAUCGUAUUUCAAAUUUUUAAGAUCUGCCCACUUAUAUAAAGAUCUCUGCAUCGAACACGAUACAUGUAUCAUUAAGUUAUACUUUAAUUUUACAAACCCGAAUAAUUUCUACAUCGUAUCGAAUUGUAAACGUGAAAUUCAAAUGUUCUAUGGAUCGAAAACUUUUAAAGUUUAAAUACUUAAACAUAAUCAUAAACCAAUUUUUUAUUACUUAUUUUUAGAAUAACCGUAUUAGGAAAACCCCAAACGUAUAGAAACGAAAUUUUUUUUUAAAUU